AUGAACAAUAACAUCUCAUCUCACAGUCACACACAAAGAGAAGAAACCAACCCCCAACUAGUCUCGGGAAAUACACCUCAACACAAGGAAUCAAAUUAAACCAUGCCAGACAAAGGGCAGUUUCGGUAAUUAACCCGCACCCUCACUCGCCAUGCACCUUUACGCUUUCUAUAUCUCCACCCAAACAGUACCACCCACCUCCCACAUCUCACUUUCCAAAACCUAACUAACUAACUCACACACUACACACUGUUCUUCCAUUACUCACUAUAUGGAUCCCGACGCAUUCACCGCCAGCUUAUUCAAGUGGGACCCACGCACCGUCCUUCCAACUGCUCCAUCCCUCCGUCCCCAACUUCUCGACUACACUGUUUCCCCUCCAACAACCGCUCCUCUCCCUUACCAUCCACCUCGAUUACCUAGGGAACUCGGUGGCUUGGAGGAACUGUUCCAAGCUUACGGUAUCAGAUACUACACGGCGGCCAAGAUAGCGGAGCUUGGUUUCACGGUCAGCACGCUGGUUGACAUGAAAGACGAAGAGUUAGACGAUAUGAUGAACAGCCUAUCCCAAAUUUUCCGGUGGGAUCUCCUCGUCGGAGAACGUUACGGCAUCAAAGCUGCCAUUAGAGCCGAAAGAAGACGCCUCGACGAUGAAGAAAUUAAACGACGCAGUCUUCUCUCCGGCGAUACCACCAACGCACUCGACGCUCUCUCUCAAGAAGGUUUGUCGGAGGAGCCGGUGGUGCAAAGAGAAAAGGAGGCGGUGGGAAGUGGAGGAGGGAGUACGUGGGAGGUAGCUGUGGCGGAGGAGAGAAGGAAGCGACAGCAGAUAAGGAGGAGGAGAAUGAGGAUGAAGUCAAACGUUGACCGUGAUGAGAAUGAGGAAGGGGAAGAGGAAGAAGAAGAUAACAACAGCGGCGGCGGUGGUGGUGAGAGGCAGAGAGAACAUCCAUUCAUCGUGACGGAGCCUGGUGAAGUUGCACGUGGCAAAAAGAACGGUCUAGAUUAUCUGUUUCAUCUCUACGAACAAUGCCGUGAGUUCUUGAUUCAGGUUCAAGCCAUUGCUAAAGAGCGCGGUGAAAAAUGCCCCACCAAGGUGACGAAUCAGGUAUUUAGGUAUGCGAAGAAAGCUGGAGCGAGCUAUAUCAAUAAGCCGAAAAUGAGACACUACGUUCACUGUUACGCGUUGCAUUGUUUAGAUGAGGAGGUUUCGAAUGAGUUGAGAAGGGGGUUUAAAGAAAGAGGGGAGAACGUAGGCGCGUGGAGGCAAGCGUGUUACAAACCACUUGUGGCGAUUGCUGCACGUCAAGGAUGGGAUAUUGAUGCUAUAUUCAACGCGCAUCCACGUCUUUCUAUAUGGUACGUGCCAACCAAACUCCGUCAGCUUUGUCACGCUGAGAGGAACAACGCAGCUGCUUCAAGCUCCGUCUCUGUUGGAACUGCUCACCUUCCUUUCUAAAAUUGUAUGCAUCUAUCUACUCCGGUUCGGUGUAUGUAGAAUUAAUUAAUUAUUAAUUGUUAUCUAGAACUACCACUAGCACUAGAACUUCAUCCCUCCCACCGACGGAAAUGUACCAAUCUCAUUCUAGGGGACUCUUAGUUAUUAGGACCAAAUUAUUAGUAUAAGGUAUCGUUAUAUAUGCACCUCAUGAAUUAUUAUUCAUCUGUUAUGUGUGAAUUUUUUUUUUAUUUGUAAAUGAAGUGAUAAAUAUCACUU